AUGACUACGGAGAACAACAAAACACACAUAAAUAUUGCAGAUCUGGGGAUCUGUCCGUAUUGCAAAUCAAAAUUUAAUGACAAUAAUUUACCUGUACGUGAUCAUAAUCAUUUGACUGGGCAGUACAGACAUACAGUUUGUAAUAAUUGCAACUUAAAAAUGCAACAACCUAAAUUCGUUCCGUGUUUUUUCCACAAUUUAUCCGGCUAUGACUCACACUUUCUUAUUACACAACUAGGUUAUGACACCCAGUCAAUAAAUGUCAUACCCAAUACUGAAGAAAAAUUUAUAUCAUUUACGAAGUAUAUUUCUAAUACAUUCAAAAUAAGAUUUGUCGACACAUAUCGUUUCAUGGCAUCUAAAUUAGAAAACCUUUCUACUAAUUUAGCACGAAGUGAUAUGUCAAAGUUUAGAGAAACUACAAAAAUAUUUGGUGUAAAUGAUUUAGACUUAGUUACUCGGAAAGGUUUUUAUCCGUACAAGUAUACUGAUAGUUGGGAAAAAUUAAAUGAAACAAAUCUACCACCAAAAGAACAUUUUUAUAAUUCCCUAACAGAAGAGCACAUAUUAAAUGAGCACUAUGAUCAUUCUAUGGAAGUUUGGAACCGAUUCAACUGCAAUACUUUGGGACAAUAUAGCGACGUAUAUUUAAAAGUAGAUGUCAUGUUGCUUGUAGACAUUUUUGAAAACUUCAGAGAAUUGUGUUUGGAGACUUACGGAUUGGACGCCAACUAUUAUUUUACUGCUCCAGGGAUGUCGUUUGACUGUAUGCUUAAAUAUACGGGCGUAGAACUUUCACUUUUGUCAGAUUAUGACAAAAUAUUGAUGAUGGAAGCAGGCAUCAAAGGAGGGUUAACACAGGCCGUGAAACGUUAUGCCAAGGCCAAUAACGUGAAGGUCUCCGACUAUGACCCAUCGAAACCUGAUUUAUGGAUUGUUUACUUGGACGCAACUAAUCUAGGUUGGAUAUGCAUGGAAGUAGAUGUAUCACACCCAUGUUCUCUGCAUGACGACUACAACGAUUUGCCAUACCUUCCAGAAAGAAUAGUCCCACGGGGUUCGAAAAUAAAAAAACUUGUUGCGAAUCUAGACUCGAAAAAAAAUUAUGUUGUUCAUUAUUUGGCUUUAAAACAGGCACUUAAAGCAGGGCUGAUAUUGGAAAAAGUUCAUAGAGUUUUAAAGUUCAAUCAAUCUCCAUGGCUUGCUAAGUACAUAGAUUUGAACACUACUAUGCGAAAGAUCGCGUCAAAUGAUUUUGAAAGAGAUUUUUUUAAGCUUAUGAACAACGCUGUGUUUGGGAAAACAAUGGAAAAUGUUAGGAACAGGAUGAAGAUGGAGCUCGUUUCUGAUGAUAAAAAAUGUGCAAAGUUGAUCAAUAGACCUACAUUUAAGAACAUAACAAUAUACAAUGAAAACCUCGCAGCCAUACAUUUAGAAAUUGACGAGUUAAAAUUUGAUAAACCGAUAUAUGGAUCGAUGAAACACCACUUUGGCAAAAAUAUUAAACUUAUGUAUAUGGAUACAGAUUCUCUUGUAUAUACUAUCAAUUCUAAGGAUUUUUAUAAUGAUCUAAGACAAAACCGACAUUUAUUAGAACGGAUGGAUAGGUCAAACCUUCCCACAGAUCAUCUGUGCUAUUGUGCCGAUCGAAAGAAGGUCCCUGGGACAUUCACUGACGAGACUCAUGGGAAUGCUAUACAUGAAUUUGUUGCACUGAGAGCUAAGGCAUACGCGUAUAACUUAGCAGGGGUGGAAAAUAUUAAAGCCAAAGGAGUGAGAGGACAUGUGGUGAAAAAUCACAUUACUAUGGAAGACUACAAGAAAUAUUUAUUUUGGGACGGACCAAUAAUCGAUAAUGAGCAAGCAAGAUAG